CGGGCAGGCAGAAGAAACAGCCGAGAGGAAGAAGACUCGGAGGGCGCGUGUCGGCUCGUGCUCCAGCGCGUGAGUUAAAAGAACAAGAAAGGCCGUGGAGAAGAAGCUAAGCCCCGCGCGUUCCCAGCGAUGCAUCGCCAAGCCCUGCGCUCCAAAUCCGGCAUCUCGCCGUCGGAGUCGCCCACCGCGAGGCCUCCUCCCGAACCGGCGCGGGCAGAACCCCUCCGGCCGGCGCCGCCGCCCAAGGUCGAGCCGACGGGCGUCCAGGCGCCCGCGUUGGAACGCCCCGCGGGUCGACGCUACGCCGGCUUCCCGGGAGUCGGCGCCACCCAGGUCGCGCCCGACGUCAUCCUGUUCGCCCCGCGACGGACGCCGCUGGGCAGCGUCGGCACGGCGAGCGUCGGCAGCCCGGCCGCCGAGAUGCCGGACGUGCCGUCGCCCGAGCGACGGGCGGUCCUGCCCGACCAGGAGACGCCCGAGGAAGAGCGCCUCUGCAUGCGCAGCUGGGCCGUGUGCGCCGCGGCCAUGGCGCCCGUCGUGUUCUCCACGUGGAUGCUCCUGCUGCCGUUCGUGUUCCGAGGCAACGGCACCGUGGUCCGGCUGCCGCCCCUGCCGGCGCAGCCGUCCGCGACUUCGCCGGGGCCCGCAGCCCUACCCUCAGGUCCGACACUGGCGAAGCCGAGUCCUACUACUCAGUCGUCCAAGUCGUCGACCCCGACCAUCGACUGCAACAUCGGACCCGAGGUGAAAGACGUCUUGCAACCGUUCAACGCGACCGUCUACAGGGUGAGCGCCUCCUUGGGCGAGUCGACGCCGUCCGAACUGAUGUGCCUAUUCAACAACACGCGCGUCAAUGCGUGGACCGGCCAGGCCAAGUACUACUCCGUCCAGUCGCUGCCCCUCCAGAUCUGCUCGACGCUCGUCUACUGGUCGGUCGGCUUCCGGGACGGCCGAAUGCUGAGCCGGAUGCCCGUGUUCGACAAGAAUCACGGCAUGCACCGACUCCGGCGGAUCACGGACCGUCUCGCCAGCGCCGACAUGAAGAUCCUCCUGGCGUUGGGCGGAUACCCCGAGGACGGCCCCCAAUUCACCGCGACCGGGCGUGACCCGAGCACGCUCGACUCGCUCACCGCCCACGUCCUGGCCACCGUGAAGCAGCUGCGCCUGAACGGCGUGGCCCUGCACUGGAUGCAGCCGCACCCGGGCUGCCGCAGCGGCGACGACCGCCUCGCCUUCACCAGGGUCGUGUCGGGGUUUCGCAAGGCCUUCGCCCAGGGCGCCGAGCCGGAACGGCGCAUCGUCUCGGUGAUCACGGACAGCGAGCCCGUCAGCAUCGAGUACGCGGUGAAAGUGGCCCACGCGGUGGACUACAUCUUCGUGUUCGCCUACCGGAUGCCGCAGCGGCUGCCGGAGCCGUUUCGGCUGUGUGAACAGUUCACGGAGCAGACGAGUGCGACGCUCCACGCGUUCGUCCGGGUCGGCACCGUUAAAGCGGGCGUCAAGACGGGCACCCUGUGCCUCGUCGAGUCGGUGGCGCCGGUGACCGCGCGCGCGGUCUGGGACCCGGUCGCCAAGGAGACCCGGCUGCCCAGCGAGGGCAGCCUGUACGGCCCGUUGCCGUUCCACACGGACUGCAACAAACCGAGCUUCUGCAAGGACGCCCGCUCGAACACGUGCAUCGUGCACCGCGUCGGCGAGGAGGCGCAGACGCUCUUCUACCUGGUCCCGUCCCUGGAGCAGUACAACGCCCGCUUCAACUUCACCACCUUGGGGUUGGGCAGCGGCAGCGCCUGCGUGCUCAUGGCGGACUUCGAUUUCGACAACUACGACGGCGUGUGCGGGGCGCCUUUCGUUCGCUACAUGCUCGUGAGGAACCUGCACUACGGCACGCAGAGCGCUUCCAGGAAGCCCCUGUACGGCCUGUACAGGCAGCCGGACUGUCGCUACUAAAACGCACCACAGGACGCGUUCUCCCCCAUUUAUUCAUUGUUUCUUUGUCGACGCCUCACGUCGCCCACUCACUGGUUUUUGAAGUGAUUUUCGAAAAAAAAUGAGGCUACCUAUAUAGUAUAAA